AGUAUAAGCUAAUAUUCCACCUGGACCGCACCCAAGUCCAGCAUCCUUAGGUAAGAGUAGUGAAGAGUAUGAUUCGAUGCAGUCAUAUAAAGACCAGCUUCUCCGGACGACCCCAUCGUGCCCCCAUCUUGUCCCAUCCACAAUCUCAACAUGUCUUCUGGAAAAGUUUCGCCCAACAUGUCGGUUGAGAAGAUCAACCCAAGACACUUUGAGGAGAUUUCUCUGGAAGAGAAUGGCUUCAACAAGGAUCGCAUCGACCUCAACAACAAUACUACUGCCAAGAUACAAAACCCUCUGGCUGGUAUCCCGAGAGAACAACUCAUGCAUGAUGUCGACGCCUUCGCUGUGAAGCAUCACUUGGCCGACAUCAGCGGGCUCCUGAAGCGUGGCGCUCUAGUCGCUCAGGACCCUAUAAAUUUCGAGGACGUCGACGGCCUACAAGAAGAUGAGCGCGAAUCCCUACAUGAUGAGAUCGAACAUAAGUGGCGACAGCCCAAGGCGAUGUAUUUCACGGUCAUCCUUUGUUCAAUCGGUGCAGCUGUACAGGGAUGGGAUCAAACGGGCAGCAAUGGAGCCAACCUCUCUUUCCCUCUGGAGUUCGGUAUCGCACAUAACGAGUGGUUGAUUGGACUGGUCAAUGCCGGACCUUAUAUCGCAUCUGCCUUCUUCGGUUGCUGGCUCUCGGAUCCCCUUAACAAUCACCUCGGCCGACGAGGCACCAUCUUCUUCUCUGCCGUAUUCUGUACUCUCCCUGUAAUCGGUUCUGCCUUCACUCAGACCUGGCAGCAGAUGUUUGUAUGCAGACUACUUCUUGGAAUCGGUAUGGGUUCCAAAGCCUCGACCAUCCCAAUCUAUUGUGCCGAGAAUGUACCUGCUUCCAUCCGUGGAGGUCUCGUCAUGACAUGGCAGCUCUGGACCGCUUUCGGUAUUCUUCUAGGAUUCUGCGCAAACCUUGCCAUGUAUAACGUCGGUAAACUUGCAUGGCGCCUUCAGAUCGGCAGCGCUUUCAUACCUGCAAUACCUCUGCUGAUUGGCGUAUACUUUUGUCCAGAGUCUCCUAGAUGGUACAUUAAAAAGGGUAGGUACCAGAAAGCAUACCAAUCACUCCUUCGUCUUCGCAACAACCCUAUCCAGGCUGCUCGUGAUCUUUACUAUAUCGACGCAGUACUGGCUGCAGAAUCAGCGAUCGUGGGCGAGUCCAACUAUAUCACCAGAUUUAUCGAGCUGUUCACAAUUCCCAGAGUCCGCCGAGCAACUCUCGCUUCUUUCACCGUCAUGCUAGCUCAGCAGAUGUGCGGAAUCAACAUCAUCGCCUUCUACUCUUCGUCGGUCUUUGUCAAAGCCGGUUCCAGCACAUUGACUGCUCUGCUUGCCAGUUUUGGGUUCGGACUUGUCAACUUUGUCUUCGCAUUCCCCGCAGUGUGGACAAUCGACACGUUCGGCAGAAGAGCUCUGCUACUGUUCACCUUCCCUCAGAUGGCAUGGACUUUACUCGCUGCCGGUCUCUGUUUCCAGAUCCCAGCGGACAGCAAGGCUCAUCUUGGCUUGAUCUCCUUGUUCAUCUUCCUCUUCGCUGCCUUUUACUCGCCGGGCGAGGGUCCAGUCCCUUUCACAUACUCUGCUGAAGUGUUCCCACUCUCGCAUCGUGAAGUUGGUAUGGCAUGGGCAGUUUCGACUUGCCUGUUCUGGGCCGCUGUCUUGUCCUUGACCUGGCCACGUAUGGAAGCUGUCAUGGGUUCGACCGGAGCUUUCUGUUUCUACACAGGCCUCAAUUUGUUGGCGUUCUGCCUGAUUUUCCUCUUCGUGCCGGAAACAAAACAACGCACGUUAGAAGAGCUGGAUCAAGUCUUCGCGGUCCCCACGCGCACUCACGCCAAGUAUCAGCUUACGAAGGCUCUGCCUUACUUCUUCAAGCGCUACGUCUUCAGAAACAAGGCCGCCAAACUGGAGCCUUUGUACAAAUUCGACCGCGAUACGCCUAGGAUCAAGCGCUCGAGCGGUGUAGUCGAGAAGACAAGUUAGAGUGGUUGCUCGAGUCGGACAAUUUUGACACCAAGUGUAGUGCUCGAGGCAAACACUUUGCGAACUCAUGAUUGUCAGGUUUUGCUGGCGACCUCCACGGAGUAGGUAGAUAUCCAAAGUAGAUAUUUUCGAACAAUGCACAGCUUUUGUCCUCUGCGUCGAGUUAUGCAGCACAAGUCGAAGUGGUGAGAAGAGAGUCUCAUACAGAGUACGCUAACCCCGCUGGUUCUCAACCAUGUUGACCGUUCGCAAUGACGCGAUGGUCAGAGCGUCGAGUUUUGUUCUUAUCGACGACCAAAACCGGACGACAGGUGCCCUUGUAGACUUGUAG